UCGGCCUUUGGCGUUGUUUCUCGGUGUGCGCUCCUUGGGAAAGAGGCUCUGAAAAAACGCCUGUUUCUUCACCGAAAUCAUCCAACGCGCCGCCAGUGGCCAGUGGGCUGCUCUGCAAAGCUCCAAACGUGCACCGGUUCGUGACCGCAGCGUGCUGUUUCGUGUCCGGCAGACCCGGCAGGAGGAUUACCGUCGUCCUUAUCACAGCGAAGGAUUGCCCCGAAAGCGCGCGGUGGUAAAGUGCACUUAACACAGUCGAGUGUGGUGAAAGUAGUAUUCACACAACAACAACAACGUCAGUGCAGAAAAGUGCACCAAUUGAUCUGAAACACACACACAAACACCAUUUAAAAUGGCACCAAACGCAACGGUCGAAGCGACGGGCGUGUUGAACGAGGUGGACGCCGAAACUAUUGACGGUGGACUGGCCAAGGACGUGGCACCGUUGAAGCGCGCCGAGAAGCGCAAGAUCAAGCUGGUCUGGAGGAACGUAAUUGCAUUCGGCUACCUACAUCUGGCCGCCGUCUACGGUGCGUGGCUGAUGUUGACAUCCGCUCGCCUGUACACGAUCGCAUUUGCAUUUAUUCUGUAUGUAAUGUCCGGCCUGGGCAUCACGGCCGGUGCCCAUCGAUUGUGGGCCCACCGAUCGUACAAAGCUAAGCUGCCGCUUCGCAUCAUUCUGGCCGCGUUCAACACGAUCGCUUUCCAGGACUGUGCGCUACACUGGGCCCGUGACCACCGGGUGCACCACAAGUACUCGGAAACCGAUGCCGACCCGCACAACGCGACUCGUGGCUUCUUCUUUUCGCACAUCGGCUGGCUGUUGUGCCGCAAGCAUCCGGAAGUUAUUGCCAAGGGCAAGCAGCUUGACAUCAGUGACCUGGAGAGCGAUCCCGUCCUGCGUUUCCAGCGCAAACAUUACAUGAUUCUGAUGCCGCUGGCCUGCUUCGUGUUGCCGACGAUUGCUCCGGUAUACUUCUGGAACGAAACUUGGACCAACGCAUGGUUUGUUGCGACCCUGUUCCGCUGGACAUUCAUACUGAACGUGACCUGGCUGGUGAACAGCGCUGCCCACAAGUGGGGCGAUAAGCCGUACGACAAGAGCAUUUCGCCCUCGGAGAACCGUACGGUGGCGUCGUUCGCUUUCGGCGAAGGAUGGCACAACUAUCAUCAUGUGUUCCCGUGGGACUACAAAACGGCCGAGCUGGGCAACUAUCGGAUGAACAUGACCACGGCAUUCAUUGAUUUCUUCUCCAAAAUCGGCUGGGCGUACGACCUGAAGACGGUUUCGAACGAGAUCGUGGAGAAGCGUGUCAAGCGCACCGGCGACGGUAGCCAUCCGACCUGGGGCUGGGGCGAUAAGGAUCAGGAUCAGUACGAGAUCAAGCACGCCACCAUCAUCAACCAAAAAGAGGACUAAAUGUGGCGAGGAAGUAGAGAAUAACAGAGGAAACACUGCUGUGUUGCCACCAUCGCAAAAACAUCAUUCACCAAUCUGCUCCGCGACGACACCCAAAUGGAAGUUCUAAGCAGAGAUUACAAACCAUCGCACCGGCAAGGAAGAAAAGGAUGAUGCUUCGUGUGAUAGGAAAGAAUUCGAAUGAUACAAAAGAGUAAGCUCCUCUGAAUGUAAGAUGGUCGAAUGAGUAAGAAAACAAGGGGAAAAUAGAGGCAUAUUCGCAGGAAGAAUAUAUGGGGGAAGUGUGGUGAUUUCAAAGAACAGACUACGAGUUACAGUGGUGGAGCCAAGACAAGUCAUACUGAUAACAUCCGCCACCCAAUGAACAAAGGUAGUUUACUCAUUAGCACGAGAAGCAUUAUUACUGUAGAUUUUUGUUUAAGGAAUUCGAAAUUUUGCUGAGGACGCAUUCCACCGGAAUACGACACAAAAUGUCGUGAUCCGGUGUCUUCGAAGAGAGAGCAAUGCAAAGUGAUGAAAGAGAUAGAUUGAGGGGGGUACAAUGAAAGGGGGUUUUUGGAACAGAAUAUAUAUAGGUUAGAUCAGGCAUCCCAGUAAGUGAUAUAAAAGGAAACCCGCUCCGACGGAUGCUAAUCCGGACGGGCCGUUUUACGUAAACGUAAGGCUCGGUGCCAAAAACAUCGAUGUGCGGUUUGGGACAGGCUGUAGUUUGUUACAACAGGAGGGCAAAGCUCCUCACCAAAUUGAUUAAGAUGUGUGCAUGCAAAUAUGUAUUUUUUUACUCAAUUUUCAGUCCCACUUGGACUGAUUUCCGGUGGCCAACCACCAUGGUGCCGCAUUCAACCGGGGACAAAUACGAAUUUUUCCGUAUGGUUAGGGUUCGUGUAGACCUUAGAAGGGGGUGUUGUGGGCAAGCAAGAAGACCAGAGGGUGCACGCACCGAAGUGUUGCUCCGUUUGUUAGAUAAGUUAGUAAUUUAUUGUUUUCCGGUUGUUCUUCGUUACUUAGCGCACGUUUCCAACCAGUUGCCGGCAGAUAAUAAUUUCCAGUAGUCUUUGGUGAGACAAAGAGUCGCGAGUCUCCGUGGUUGCAAUUCAGUUUGCAGUUUGAAUAAUGUUUUGUCAUUUUAUUCCCAAGAGGCGCACAGUUCCCGGUUUCGGGAGGUUUUUUGGUUUAAUGCAUCUCCAGCGGAUGCAUGCAACUUUUGUCAAAAUAUCAAACUAAUAACAUGGUACAUGGAUAGCAGCAACACAGGGAUGGGAGAGAGGGAACAAUGGAACUUACGAGUGUAAUGCACUGGAACCGCUGGUCAGCUCCGACUAGACUCCGGUACUCAAGAUAGUAAUACAAACCAAUAGCCCAUCGAAAUUGUAUGCCGCCGCGCGCUAUAUACAGGCACAGGAAGUGUCAAAGAUAAAUGUUUGCAGUUUUUUGGUA